CUUCCCAGGAAGUGUUUAUCCGACCGCUGCCAACAUGGAUUUGACAAAACAGCAAACCCGAGUGUCAUGAUUUCCUUCUGAUGCCCUCAGUAGUAGAUAUUGUGCAAACUAUCGGGUUGUUUAUUCUCCAGCUGAGUUCAUGACUGUUAGCUUGCUCAGUUAGCGCUGAAGCUAAGCUAGGCUAGGCUAACUGUACUCAAGUGUUUGUGAUGUGAGCUGCUCAACAGUGUUUUUGAGGAUGUACACUUUAUUAUCGGGCCUCUACAAGUAUAUGUUUCAGAAGGACGAGUAUUGUAUCCUCAUCCUCGGCCUGGACAAUGCAGGAAAGACGACCUUUCUGGAACAAACAAAAACAAGGUUCAGCAAGAACUACAAGGGCAUGAACCUGUCCAAGAUCACCACCACAGUGGGCCUCAACAUCGGCACCAUUGAUGUGGGAAAAGCUCGUCUGAUGUUCUGGGAUCUCGGAGGACAAGAGGAGCUCCAGUCUCUGUGGGAUAAGUAUUACGCAGAAUCUCAUGGUGUGAUUUACGUCAUCGACUCCACGGAUGAGGAGCGGCUGGGCGAGUCCAAAAACGCCUUUGAGAAGAUGAUCAGCAGUGAAGCUCUGGAAGGAGUUCCUCUUCUGGUGCUCGCCAACAAACAAGACGUGGAGAACUGUCUGUCUGUACCUGACAUAAAGACGGCAUUCAGCGACUGUGCUCCAAAAAUCGGCAAAAGAGACUGUCUGGUGCAGCCCUGCGCCGCUUUAUCAGGGCAGGGCGUGAAUGACGGCAUUGAAUGGAUGGUCAAGUGUGUAAUCCGGAACAUUCACCGUCCACCCAGACAAAAAGACAUCACAUAAAACAACAUCUAGUGUGUGUGUGUGUGUGUGUGUGUGUGUGUUGGUUACUGUGUAUGUUUGUGUGGGAGUAUUUUGUAUGUGCACGCUUGUCUGUAUGUGUGUGUGUGUGCAUGAGUGUUAGUGUAUGGGUGUGUGUACGUUAAUGUGUGUGUAUAUACUUGUGUUUGUUCAUGAGUGUGUGUGCGUGAGUGUUAGUGUAUGGGUGUGUGUACGUUAAUGUGUGUGUAUAUACUUGUGUUUGUUCAUGAGUGUGUGUGCGUGAGUGUUAGUGUUAGUGUAUGGGUGUGUGUUAGUAUGUAUGUGUCUGUGUAUACGUGUGUUAAUAUGCGUGUGUGCCUGUCUGUGUGCAUAAGUGUGAGUGUAGUGUGUGUGUGAAUAUGUUAAUGUGUGUGUGAACAAGUGUUAGUGUAUAGGUGUGUGUUAGUAUGCGUGUUUACAUGUGUUUGUGCAUGUUAAGGUGUGUAUGUGCAUGCAUGAGUAUUUGUGUAUGGGUGUGUGUUAAUAUGUGUGUGUGUCUUUUGAUGUGUAUGUGCAUGUCUGUGUGCAUUAGUGCGUGCAUUUGUUAUUGUGUGUGUGUGUGCGUGUGUGUGUGCGUAAGAAUGUUAGAGUAUGGGUGUGUAUUAAUAUGUGUGUGUCUGUGUGUAUACCUAUGUUAGUGUGUGUGCAUGCAUGGGCAUGUGUCUGUUUGUGUGUAUCUACCUGUACCUGUGCAGAAGUGGAAGUGUAGUGUGUGUGUGUGUGUGUGUGUUCUCUUACUACAGUAAUUCUGAACACACGUAAGUUAUGACAUUAUUUUUGAGUGAUACUCUUGCAGACCUCCAAAGUUUGAUAUCAAUGCUGUGACGCAGACACUAAACUGCUGUGUGUGUGUGUGUGUGUGUGUGUGUGUGUGUGUGUGUGUGUGUGUGUUUAGAUUAUCUCUGCUAAAAUCUCAGUUUUUCUUUAAUCUGACUGAACCUGAUAGAUUAAAUCAACACACAUAGACAUUCCUCCUGUAUAAUUAGUUUGUACGAUCAAAAUAAUCGAGGUUUGUAAUCCCUCAUCAGUUGUGUAAUAAAGCGCAGAGAGGA